AUGGAGGAUAUUGGGCUGGUUAAGCAAGGGUGGAAAUGGUUGCAAACGCAGAAACAUGCCUAUUCGCGGGUGAAAACUGCAGUGGGGUGUUUGAGGGACAAGAUUGGAGUGUGUAUAGAGAGGCAUUGGCCCAUGGUGUGCAGUGGAUGUGCAAGAUUUGGGAGGUUGAUGCUUUUCAUGUUGAUUUAUUGGAAAGAUUGUGUUAUGAGGGGUUUUAAUUCGGUUAUCAAACUAGGCUCGGCAGCUUUGCUUCUUAUAAUGUGGAGUUGCUUUCUCAGUCUCACUUCAAUGUCUUGCUUGCUUUAUGUACUAAUUUGUAUGGGAGCUGCAGGAGCUGCUGUUCGGUAUUUGGGCUACACUCCUGGACUUUUUAUUGUAGGACUAUUUGCUAUUUUAAUUUUAUGGAUGUAUGCUAACUUUUGGAUAACUGGAACAUUAUUUAUAGUUGGUGGCUAUUUGUUCUCUCUAAAUCAUGCACGGCUAGUUGUCUUAAUGGCGACUAUAUAUGCUAUUUAUUGCGUGAAAGUUCGAGUUGGAUGGCAUGGUGUUUUCCUAUCAAUAAACCUCACCUUUUUCUCAAAUGACGUAUUAAACUUUCUGCUUCAGUGGUGUGAUAAUGUCAGUGAAAGCACCCAAUUUGAAGAGCAUAAGGAAUCUGAAACAGUUCUGGAAGAUGAGUUCUCUGCAGAAUGUGAAUUCUCAAUUCCUGUUGAUGAAUCUGAAAAGGUUCAACCAUGCAAAUCAUCCAGCAAACCAGCUGCUAGCUCAUCUGUUGUGAAUAACCAAAAAGAGUCUUCUGCUGGAAAAGUAAUUGUAGAAGAAACAAGCUCAGCUGAUGAGAUGCAAAGAAUAUUAGUUAGUGUAGAUCAUUAUGGAGCACUGGGAUUUCCUCGCCACAAGCGAAUUGAUGUUACACUUUUGAAAAAGGAAUACCAUAAAAAGGCCAGGCUUGUCCAUCCUGAUAAAAAUAUGGGAAGCCCUUUAGCAAGUGAAUCAUUUAAGAAACUUCAAUGUGCUUAUGAGGUUCUGUCUGAUUCUGUGAAGAAGAGGGACUAUGAUGAGCAGUUGAGAAAGGAAGAAUCUAGGACUAGAAGUGUAUGUCAGAGGUCCCAUAGUACUUCAAAUCAGGAUAAUCCAGAUUACUGCUCUGAGGAGUCUAGGCGGAUCCAGUGCACCAAGUGUGGCAAUUCACAUAUAUGGGUGUGUACUAAUAGGUCUAAGGCCAAAGCAAGAUGGUGCCAGGAUUGCUGCCAAUAUCAUCAAGCCAAGGAUGGAGAUGGAUGGGUUGAAUAUAAAGGCUCAUUGGUCUUUGAUAGGCCUCAUAAGAUGGAGAUUCCACGUGCAUUUGUUUGUGCUGAGAGCAAAAUCUUUGAUGUGUCAGAAUGGGCCAUUUGUCAGGGAAUGCAAUGUAGGCCCAACACCCACAGGCCGAGCUUCCAUGUAAAUAUGGUUGGCUUGGAGAAGACACAACGGUCAAACUCGAGCAGAUAUCCAUGGGAUUUGGAUGCUGAAAUGAUGGAUGAGGAUGAAGAAUUCGAAUUGUGGCUUCAGCAGGCUGUGGCUUCUGGCCUUUUUUGUGAGACCUCCAAACGUAGAAAGAGUUGGAGUCCUUUUAAGUUGCCACAAAAGAAAGGGAAGAAGCAAUGGCGAAGGACAUCAACUUAA